CACGGAUUCGGCCUGAGGCUAUUCUCCAACGAUGAUCGAGUCCAUUAAGCACCGAUUUGGGCGAAUUUAUUCCGGGUCAAUUUUUGGCAGAUUCCAAAGGGGUACCAUCACAGAUUUCGGCCGAUUUAUCCGAAAUGCCAUUUUCUUUUGAUUGGAGAUGCUACAGAUCACGAAAUCAGGCCGAGGCUAUGCUCCACCGAUAAUGAAGUCUAUUGAUCCUAUUCUCUACGGAUGAUAAGUCCGUUAAGCAUGGAUUUGGCCAAUUUAUUUUCGGAUGGAAUUUUCGUAAUUUCAUGGGCGACGAAAGGCCAUUUUCUUUAGAUAUUGAAGGCUACAGAUCACGGAUUCGGCCUAAGGCUAUUCUCCAACGAUGAUCAAGUCCAUUAAGCACCGAUUUGGGCGGAUUUAUUCCGGGUCAAUUUUUGGCAGAUUCCAAAGGGGUACCAUCACAGAUUUCGGCCGAUUUAUCCGAAAUGCCAUUUUCUUUCGAUUCGAGAGGCUACAUAUCACGGAAUCAGACCGAGGCUAAUCUCCACCGAUAAUGAAGUCUAUUGAUCCUAUUCUCCACGGAUGAUAAGUCCGUUAAGCAUCGAUUUGGGCCAAUUUAUUUUCGGAUGGCAUUUUCGUAAUUUCUUGGGCGACGAAAGCCCAUUUUCUUUGGAUAUUGAAGACUACCGAUCACGGAUUCGGCUUGAGGCUAUUUUCCAACGAUGAUUGAGUCCAUUAAGCACUGAUUUGGGCGGAUUUAUUCCGGGUCAAUUUUUGGCAUAAUCCAAAGGGGUACCAUCACAGCUUUCGGUCGAUUUAUCCGAAAUGCCAUUUUCUUUCGUUUCUGGAGGCUACAGAUCACGGAAACAGGCCGAGGCUAUUCUCCACCGAUAAUGAAGUCAAUUUAUUCUAUUCUCCAUGGAUGAUAAGUCCGUUAAGCAUCGAUUUGGGCCGAUUUAUUUUCGGAUGGCAUUUUCGUAAUUUCUUAGGCGACGAAAGGCCAUUUUCUUUGGAUAUUGAAGGCUACAGAUCACGAAUUCGGACUGUGUCUAUUCUCCAAUGAUGAUUGAGUCCAUUAAGCACCGAUUUGGGCGGAUUUAUUCCGGGCCAAUUUUUGGCCGAUUCCAAGGGGUACCAUCACAGAUUUCGGCCGAUUUAUCCGAAAUGCCAUUUUCUUUUGAUUGGAGAUGCUACAGAUCACGAAAUCAGGCCGAGGCUAUGCUCCACCGAUAAUGAAGUCUAUUGAUCCUAUUCUCUACGGAUGAUAAGUCCGUUAAGCAUGGAUUUGGCCAAUUUAUUUUCGGAUGGAAUUUUCGUAAUUUCAUGGGCGACGAAAGGCCAUUUUCUUUAGAUAUUGAAGGCUACAGAUCACGGAUUCGGCCUAAGGCUAUUCUCCAACGAUGAUCAAGUCCAUUAAGCACCGAUUUGGGCGGAUUUAUUCCGGGUCAAUUUUUGGCAGAUUCCAAAGGGGUACCAUCACAGAUUUCGGCCGAUUUAUCCGAAAUGCCAUUUUCUUUCGAUUCGAGAGGCUACAUAUCACGGAAUCAGACCGAGGCUAAUCUCCACCGAUAAUGAAGUCUAUUGAUCCUAUUCUCCACGGAUGAUAAGUCCGUUAAGCAUCGAUUUGGGCCAAUUUAUUUUCGGAUGGCAUUUUCGUAAUUUCUUGGGCGACGAAAGCCCAUUUUCUUUGGAUAUUGAAGACUACCGAUCACGGAUUCGGCUUGAGGCUAUUUUCCAACGAUGAUUGAGUCCAUUAAGCACUGAUUUGGGCGGAUUUAUUCCGGGUCAAUUUUUGGCAUAAUCCAAAGGGGUACCAUCACAGCUUUCGGUCGAUUUAUCCGAAAUGCCAUUUUCUUUCGUUUCUGGAGGCUACAGAUCACGGAAACAGGCCGAGGCUAUUCUCCACCGAUAAUGAAGUCAAUUUAUUCUAUUCUCCAUGGAUGAUAAGUCCGUUAAGCAUCGAUUUGGGCCGAUUUAUUUUCGGAUGGCAUUUUCGUAAUUUCUUAGGCGACGAAAGGCCAUUUUCUUUGGAUAUUGAAGGCUACAGAUCACGAAUUCGGACUGUGUCUAUUCUCCAAUGAUGAUUGAGUCCAUUAAGCACCGAUUUGGGCGGAUUUAUUCCGGGCCAAUUUUUGGCCGAUUCAAAGGGGUACCAUCACAGAUUUCGGCCGAUUUAUCCGAAAUGCCAUUUUCUUUUGAUUGGAGAGGCUACAGAUCGCGAAAUCAGGCCGAGGCUAUGUUCCACCGAUAAUGAAGUCUAUAUAUCCUAUUCUCUACGGAUGAUAAGUCCGUUAAGCAUGGAUUUGGCCAAUUUAUUUUCGGAUGGAAUUUUCGUAAUUUCAUGGGCGAGAAAGGCCAUUUUCUUUGGAUAUUGAAGGCUACAGAUCACGGAUUCGGCAUGAGGCUAUUGUCCAACGAUGAUCAAGUCCAUUAAGCACCGAUUUGGGCGGAUUUAUUCCGGGUCAAUUUUUGGCAGAUUCCAUAGGGGUACUAUCACAGAUUUCGGCCGAUUUAUCCGAAAUGCCAUUUUCUUUCGAUUCGAGAGGCUACAGAUCACGGAAUCAGACCGAGGCUAUUCUCCACCGAUAAUGAAGUCUAUUGAUCCUAUUCUCUAUGGAUGAUAAGUCCGUUAAGCAUCGAUUUGGGCCAAUUUAUUUUCGGAUAGCAUUUUCGUAAUUUCUUGGGCGACGAAAGGCCAUUUUCUUUGGAUAUUGAAGGCUACCGAUCACGGAUUCGGCUUGAGGCUAUUCUCCAACGAUGAUUGAGUCCAUUAAGCACUGAUUUGGGCGGAUUUAUUCCGGGUCAAUUUUUGGCAUAAUCCAAAGGGGUACCAUCACAGCUUUCGGUCGAUUUAUCCGAAAUGCCAUUUUCUUUCGUUUCUGGAGGCUACAGAUCACGGAAACAGGCCGAGGCUAUUUUCCACCGAUAAUGAAGUCAAUUUAUUCUAUUCUCCACGGAUGAUAAGUCCGUUAAGCAUCGAUUUGGGCCGAUUUAUUUUCGGAUGGCAUUUUCGUAAUUUCUUAGGCGACGAAAGGCCAUUUUCUUUGGAUAUUGAAGGCUACAGAUCACGAAUUCGGACUGUGUCUAUUCUCCAAUGAUGAUUGAGACCAUUAAGCACCGAUUUGGGCGGAUUUAUUCCGGGCCAAUUUUUGGCCGAUUCCAAGGGGUACCAUCACAGAUUUCGGCCGAUUUAUCCGAAAUGCCAUUUUCUUUUGAUUGGAGAGGCUACAGAUCGCGAAAUCAGGCCGAGGCUAUGUUCCACCGAUAAUGAAGUCUAUUGAUCCUAUUCUCUACGGAUGAUAAGUCCGUUAAGCAUGGAUUUGGCCAAUUUAUUUUCGGAUGGAAUUUUCGUAAUUUCAUGGGCGAGAAAGGCCAUUUUCUUUGGAUAUUGAAGGCUACAGAUCACGGAUACGGCCUGAGGCUAUUCUCCAACGAUGAUCAAGUCCAUUAAGCUCCGAUUUGGGCGGAUUUAUUCCGGGUCAAUUUUUGGCAGAUUCCAUAGGGGUACCAUCACAGAUUUCGGCCGAUUUAUCCGAAAUGCCAUUUUCUUUCGAUUCGAGAGGCUACAGAUCACGGAAUCAGACCGAGGCUAUUCUCCACCGAUAAUGAAGUCUAUUGAUCCUAUUCUCUACGGAUGAUAAGUCCGUUAAGCAUCGAUUUGGGCCAAUUUAUUUUCGGAUGGCAUUUUCGUAAUUUCUUGUGCGACGAAAGGCCAUUUUCUUUGGAUAUUGAAGGCUACCGAUCACGGAUUCGGCCUGAGGCUAUUCUCCAACGAUGAUUGAGUCCAUUAAGCACUGAUUUGGGCGGAUUUAUUUCGGGUCAAUUUUUGAUAUAAUCCAAAGGGCUACCAUCACAGCUUUCGGGCGAUUUAUCCGAAUUGCCAUUUUCUUUCGUUUCUGGAGGCUACAGAUCACGGAAACAGGCCGAGGCUAUUCUCCACCGAUAAUGAAGUCAAUUUAUUCUAUUCUCCACAGAUGAUAAGUCCGUUAAGCAUCGAUUUGGGCCGAUUUAUUUUCGGAUGGCAUUUUCGUAAUUUCUUAAGCGACGAAAGGCCAUUUUCUUUGGAUAUUGAAGGCAACAGAUCACGGAUUCGGACUGUGUCUAUUCUCCAAUGAUGAUUGAGUCCAAUUAAGCACCGAUUUGGGCGGAUUUAUUCCGGGCCAAUUUUUGGCCGAUUCCAAGGGGUACCAUCACAGAUUUCGGCCGAUUUAUCCGAAAUGCCAUUUUCUUUUGAUUGGAGAGGCUACAGAUCACGAAAUCAGGCCGAGGCUAUGCUCCACCGAUAAUGAAGUCUAUUGAUCCUAUUCUCUACGGAUGAUAAGUCCGUUAAGCAUGGAUUUGGCCAAUUUAUUUUCGGAUGGAAUUUUCGUAAUUUCAUGGGCGACGAAAGGCCAUUUUCUUUGGAUAUUGAAGGCUACAUAUCACGGAUUCGGCCUGAGGCUAUUCUCCAACGAUGAUCAAGUCCAUUAAGCAGCGAUUUGGGGGGAUUUAUUCCGGGUCAAUUUUUGGCAGAUUCCAAAGGGGUUCCAUCACAGAUUUCGGCCGAUUUAUCCGAAAUGCCAUUUUCUUUCGAUUCGAGAGGCUACAGAUCACGGAAUCAGACCGAGGCUAUUCUCCACCGAUAAUGAAGUCUAUUGAUCCUAUUCUCCACGGAUGAUAAGUCCGUUAAGCAUCGAUUUGGGCCAAUUUAUUUUCGGAUGGCAUUUUCGUAAUUUCUUGGGCGACGAAAGUCCAUUUUCUUUGGAUAUAGAAGUCUACCGAUCACGGAUUCGGCUUGAGGCUAUUCUCCAACGAUGAUUGAGUCCAUUAAGCACUGAUUUGGGCGGAUUUAUUCCGGGUCAAUUUUUGGCAUAAUCCAAAGGGGUACCAUUACAGCUUUCGGUCGAUUUAUCCGAAAUGCCAUUUUCUUUCGUUUCUGGAGGCUACCGAUCACGGAAACAGGCCGAGGCUAUUCUCCACCGAUAAUGAAGUCAAUUUAUUGUAUUCUCCACGGAUGAUAAGUCCGUUAAGCAUCGAUUUGGGCCGAUUUAUUUUCGGAUGGCAUUUUCGUAAUUUCUUAGGCGACGAAAGGCCAUUUUCUUUGGAAAUUGAAGGCUACAGAUCACGAAUUCGGACUGUGUCUAUUCUCCAAUGAUGAUUGAGUCCGUUAAGCAUCGAGUUGGGCCAAUUUAUUUUCGGAUGGCAUAUUCGUAAUUUCUUGGGAGUCGAAAGGCCAUUUUCUUUGGAUAUUAAAGGCUACAGAUCACGGAUUCUGCCUGAGGCUAUUCUCCAAAGAUGAUUGAGUACAUUAAGCACCGAUUUUGGCGGAUUUAUUCCGGGCCAAUUUUUGGCCGAUUCCAACGGGUACCAUCACAGAUUUCGGCCGAUUUAUCCGAAAUGCCAUUUUCUUUUGAUUGGGGAGGCUACAGAUCACGAAAUCAGGCCGAGGCUAUGCUCCACCGAUAAUGAAGUCUAUUGAUCCUA